AUGUACAAAAAGAGAGAUUGGUCGACGGUGGAUGUGGUGGAGGAGUUGUCUAAGAUCACAUCUGAGGUGCACGGUCGUUACCAGCAUGAGCCGGAGUUUCUGCAGGCGUACGACGAGGUGUUGGAGACAAUUACGCCGAUGUUGAAAAAGAGUCCUCGAUACAUACCGAUGUUCCGGAUCAUGUCUGAGCCUGAGCGAAUAAUUACCUUCCGUGUUUUGUGGGUAGACGAUGAUGGUGAGUUGCAGAUGAAUCGAGGGUACCGUGUGCAAUUCAAUAGUGCGCUGGGUCCUUACAAGGGUGGGUUAAGAUUACACCCCAGUGUGAAUUUAUCGAUUUUGAAGUUCCUUGGUUUCGAACAGAUUUUGAAGAACGCACUCACAGGACUAGCAAUGGGUGGUGCGAAAGGUGGUAGUGAUUUUGAUCCGAAGGGUAAAUCGGAUAAUGAAGUACGAUCAUUUUGUCAGGCUUUUAUGACUGAGUUAUACCGUCAUAUCGGACCGGAUACAGAUGUCCCUGCUGGUGAUAUUGGGGUCGGUGGCAGAGAGAUUGGGUUCCUGUAUGGUCAGUAUCGUAAGUUGGAGAAUGGUCAUCAUGGUGUAUUGACUGGUAAGGGUAUGCUCUAUGGCGGUAGUCUAAUCCGACCUGAGGCUACUGGUUAUGGUGCAGUUUACUUUGCUCAAAACCUGUUGGGGCAUCUAGCUUAUACUGGUACAGGCUACAUAGAUGAUCAGGAACGUGCAGUUGCAGCUUCAAUCAAGGGCAAACGAUGUCUCGUAUCGGGUGCGGGUAAUGCGGCUCAAUACACUUGCGAGAAACUACUCGAACUAGGCGCUGUUGUUUUGACAGCAUCCGACAGCAACGGAACAUUAUUCUUCAAGGACGGCAUGACCUCGAAGGACCUACAGGCCAUCAUGGAGCUCAAAAAUGAAAAACGUGGUCGACUCUCAGAACUCACAGAACUCGACAAUGCUGAAUACAAACCAGACUGUAAACCCUGGGGGCUAGUUGAGAAAGUUAAUCUAGCCUUCCCUUCCGCUACGCAAAAUGAAAUCAACGGUGAAGAUGCCAAACAUCUCAUCGAUGCCACUUGCUGUGCUAUCGUAGAGGUAGCGAACAUGCCCAUCUCUGCAGAAGCACGCAAGGAAUUCAAGGCACACGGCGUUAUUAUCUGCCCCGGUAAGGCCGCUAAUUGCGGCGGAGUCGCCGUCAGCGGUCUCGAAAUGAGCCAAAACGCAGCACGCACCACUUGGACACGAGAAGAAGUUGAUGGCAAACUACAGGAGAUCAUGAAGAACGCAUUCGACCACUGUCUACAAGCAUUCCAGAAAUAUACUGAAGAACCUAACUCUUGCGAUCUUGAACAAGGUGCUAACAUUGCAGGGUUCAUUAAAGUGGCAGAUGCCAUGCAUGAACAGGGUCUAUACUGA